AUGAUAUCGUUGCCCCGUGCUAUGCUUCCACCAGGGAAGCAUACAGCGUCCCUUCAUGGGUUUUCGGACGCUUCGGAACGUGGGUACGCAGCAGCCGUAUAUUUGCGCACCGUGACCAUGGAUGGUCAAGUGAAGGUGUCAUUGGUCAUGGCGAAGAGCAAGGUCGCGCCUCUUCGAACUACCUUGACAAUUCCCAAGCUAGAGUUGUCAGGGGCGGCCCUUCUUGCUCGCCUCUUGAAUCACGUCAUGUCCACCUUGUGCCCGUCAGUUAACAUUGAGACAGUCUAUGCAUGGACUGACAGUCAAAUUGUCCUAUGUUGGCUGAAGACGUCAGUCCACACCUUAGAGGUGUUUGUUGCAAAUCGGGUCUCUCAGAUCCAGAAAUCGGAAACCCCGUUAAUCUGGAGGCAUGUGCCUGGCGAAGUCAACCCUGCUGAUUGCGCAUCACGGGGAUGUAUGGCCCCCUUUUUGGUUGAGCACUCCCUGUGGUGGGGACCUGAGUGGUUGACCAGGUCAGAAUCUAAUUGGCCGCGAACACCGGCCUUGGAUACUGUCACAUUGCCUGGGUUGCGAACCCUUGCGAUUGAACGGCGGGACCAUUCGUUCGACCCAGACUUCCUAAUGAAUCGCUACAGCUCAUUAGACAAAUUACUGGGGGUCACCGCUUGGAUCAAGCGCUUCACCAGAAAUUGUAGACACCCACAGAACAAAUGCUUGGAGGCGUUCUUAUCGCCACAAGAGCUCCAGGAUGCUCUUCUUCAUUGGGUUCGUUCUGUGCAAGAAGAGAACUUUGAAAAUGAGAUUGAUAUUUUGAGAAAAGGCAAAUACCCUAACGAUUUGGAAGCCCUCACACCGGGCCAUUUUUUGAUUGGACGGCCGCUGAACGCCCUGCCGGAAUACCCCUAUGUUGAUGUGAAACUCAAUCGUCUCUCGCGGUUUGAAUUGAUCCAACAACUCACUCACAGCUUUUGGAAACGUUGGAAUUUGGAAUAUUUGCAUAUUCUCCAGCAGCGCGUUAAGUGGACUGACAAGACUGAUCCACCGCAUGUUGGUGACCUCGUUCUGGUUAAGGACGCUAACUCACCGCCACUGUGUUGGCGCAGAGGGCGCAUUCUUAACCUCGUCUUUGGAGCAGAUGGAGUGCCCCGUUUUGCUGAGGUUCGGGUGGACGGUUCUGUUCUGAAGAGAGCGGUAUCAACCUUGUCACGACUGCCAAUUGAUUAG